AUGUCGCCGAGCCGCCGUGGAUCGUCUGGCUACCGCGGCGUCCGCGAGCGCCCGGCGGCACCUACUACGCCGAGAUCCGGUCCGGCGACGUCCGGCUCGGCCUCGGCGCAGAACGUCGCCCUCCGCCUCGUCUUAUCACGGACCAGGACCGUGCGGAGCACCGUCGGCGGCAGCGCCGACGAGCGAGCCAUGGCGGAGUGGCGCCGGCGCCACCCGGAGGACGUCUGGGCGGAGAACGCCUCCUGGGCGGAAAGGACGGCAAAGCGCCGCGCGGAGCGGUUGGAGAGGCGUCGGCGGAAGGCCCUGGCGAUAUCGCAGUGCGAUAUCGUUGAGGUAGGUGGGGUGUCGAUCUUUGGGGAUAAUGAUCCUCGUUGGGAGGACAUGUGGAUCGAUACCUCGGACAACACCAGUCCGGACGAGGACGACUCGGAGUAG